AAUUACUACAAGGUUAGAUACUACAGAGGCACCAACUUCAUCAUCUUUAGGACCAUCUUCAACUGGCGCCACCUCUACAACCCCAUCGAAUCUAUCGAGGAAGUGGUGUCCGAAUUGCCGGUUUCUUUACCGCCCAUUCUGGAGGAGGUGGAUCUGCCUAGUAUUCCACAUCGCCGUAUGGUAACCUACGAUCAACGUCAAGAGGGCCAGUAUAAUAUACGUGCUGAUUUGGAUAAUUUUAUGAGUUUAAUACCCCCAGGACCCUCAGAGGGUAUGGGCCUUUUGGAUUUACUUACAAAAUCUUCCUUAAGACGAACCUCUCAUACUUAAAAUAAAAAGAAACUUUAUUCUACAGCCACUGGCUUGAAACCAGAUGCUUUGAAACAUUUAAAUUACUUCAGAAACCAUGAUCAACACUUGGGAGCAUCGAGAGCAGGAGAAUUUAUUGAUGGUCGUACUCCCUAUCAUGUGGAUUAUGCUUCUCUUAAUGAAGAAGAAAUACAACCACGUUUAAAUCCCGAUCGUCAAGUAGAUGUUUUGCCCCCUUCCUAUCGUGCCUAUCAGCAUUUAAUGAAACCUUAUCAUUUAGAAGCUGAGUCCUCUCUACUACCACCCUCGGAAAUAGGUCUACAGCAUAAUACAGAUUCUAACCCAUCCCAAAAUGCCGGCUAUUAUCGCUUUGCCCGCUACAUAAGAGGUGACAAUUUGGAUUCAAUCGUGUUACCUCUUUCCAAUCGUUUAGGUUCUCCAGGCACCUCCUACCGCAGACAACAGUUACCCAUGUAUCGUUCUGAUCUGUCGAUGGGCGCUGCUCAAUUAUAUCCUCCUCUAGAUGUGCCACAGUUCAAUUAUCAUAUGGCCCGUAAUUUUGGUUCAAAAUCAUCAGCCUCGCCCGAAGAUAUCGAUAGCAAACAAUCUUUGGAUUCUGAUUGUUACAGUGAAAUUAUUAUACCACCCGCCCAUUUACCCUUGGAGGAUGACUUAGAAUUGGCCUUAAACGAUGACAGUCUAUUGGAGGGUGAGGCCAAGGCUUUACUCAGCGAUGGCAUUGAACGUUGUGCUCCCGGUAAGCGACGUGAUAGUUAUGGUGUGUGCCGGGAAAUUGAGGGUUAUUAGUAAGGGAUAUAUAAAAUUUUUUGGUUUUCUUAAUUUAAGUUACGAACAAAACCGACUGCAUUAGUUGUUUAGUUAAUAGUUUAAGGUUUUUUUAUUACUGCAUAAGCCAUAAAUUUUAUAAUAAUGAAUUCUUUUACAUUUUAGUAAAAUUUAAAUGAGUGUUUAGUAUGUAAGUGAAAACAAUUUAUUUAAAUAAUAAAAUUAUGAA